UUUUUUUACAGAUUUUAGAUUAUAUCGUUCGAAAUUUUAAAAGUUUUUAUUUAAUUAUAGUUUUAAUUUAAUCUUAUUUUGAGAUCGAAACACAAAAUGGACGACAAUAUCUUAACGAAUUCAACAGAUUUAUUGCCAACAUCCUAUGGCAAAAACUCUCUGAAAACGAAGAGGAACAAAAAUCAGGAGAAGCAUGCUGAAUUGUUUAGAAAGGAUUUAAUUAGUGCAAUGAAAAUGGCCGACUCAGAAACUCUACAGCCUGAAGAUUAUUUUGAAAUCAUUGACUCCUGGAAAUUGGAAUGGGAAAGAGGGGUCCAGGUUCCUGUGGAUCCUAAUGCAUUUUUACCUAUUGUUCAUCCCAUAGACGAUUAUUACAAGAAGAUUGAAUAUUGCAACGACUUUUUUCUACCAAAGAAACUCUUCCAUUCUGUCGUGUUCCUCGACAAUUCUUUCAAACCAUCCGUCCACGAACCAUAUGACCUUCAAAACCAGGUGGAUUCAAUGUGCAAAUACGACCUCGACGAACUUGACCUCCAUUGGCUGGAGAUUUUUAACCAAUCACGACUUGACAUGGGUCAGGGUGACCCAAUUUCGGAGUGCGAGAUGGAGAGAUUAGUGGAGGAGAUAGAGCAGCAGUGUUAUGUCAAGAUGUCGGAUAUGGAGAGGACCAUUGAACAGCUGGGUAUUGAAUAUGACGAAAAUGUCGUCUGCGAUAUCUGCAGAUCGCCUGAAGGUGACGAGAACAACGAGAUGGUGUUCUGUGACAAUUGUAACAUCUGCGUUCAUCAGGCAUGUUACGGCAUUCAGAACAUUCCAGAAGGCAGUUGGCUGUGUAGGACGUGUGCACUUGGAAUCAAACCCAAGUGCGUUCUCUGCCCCAUGAGCGGAGGAGCUAUGAAGUGUACUAAGGGUGGCGAUAAAUGGGCCCACAUAAGUUGCGCCCUCUGGGUCCCUGAGGUCAGCAUAGGCUGUCCUGAAAAGAUGGAGCCCAUAACUAAUAUAUCACAAAUACCAGUGAGCAGAUGGGCGCUAGUCUGCGUGCUUUGUAGGGAUAGGACUGGAGCCUGCAUUCAGUGCAGCAUCAAGUCGUGCAAGACUUCCUUUCAUGUUACGUGCGCUUUCAAAUAUUCUCUGAACUUGAGUACAGUGAUAGACGAAGAGACGGAGGAUGUGCAGAUGAAAGCUUUCUGCCCGAAACAUUCCGGCAUUAGUGAAAAAAUCUUUGAAACUGAAGAUGGCACUGCUGUCGUUGGGGCUGCUGGUGAUGGUAGUGAUCUUAUUGUUUGUGGUUAUGGUAGUAAUUGUGGUGGUGGUGGUGGUAGCCACAGUGGCGGCUCUCACGGGGGAGUUGUUAAGGGGAAGAGGAAUAAGGAGAUUUUAACGGAGGAAAUGAGGAAGAAAAAAUUGAAACAACUGUCAGAAGAGUUCUAUACCUUCCCUGACCUUCCAGAAAUAUCAAACAACCUUGACAUCGAUUAUGACGUCGUUGUCGCCGUGCAUUCCUAUUGGACGCUCAAAAGAAAAUCUCAAUUUGAUAAGCCCUUAAUGACCUUGCCCGCGGAGAGCAACGAUGACGACGACGACGAUGAAGAUGGCAACAAAGAGCUGGACCCCAAACAGGAAAAAAUGUUGGCACAGCAAAAGAUGUUUAUUCAGUUUCGACAAGAACUGGAAAGGGUUCGAAACCUCUGCUACAUGAUAAUAAAACGCGAGAAGAUGAAGAGGCACAUGCAGAAGAUGAAGGAGGAAACUUUCAACAGGCAGGCACCUCUCAUCGUCAAGCUAUUGGAA